UGCGAAUUGAUCUGGCAAUAGUUUACAUCGAGUACUUGCAUCUGGCGUCUUGCCGCCAAAUGUACUUGCUAUCGAUAUUAUCGGGUAGUGGUUGGCUAUCGAUAGAAAUAUAGUGUGAAAUUUUGCGGUGUCCAAGGCAGCGGUAUUGUGCUUAAACAAGACAUCAAUUAGCAAGUGCAAACUGAAUGAGUGCAGUGCAUAAAAUAUUCAAAGAACACUUUAACGAAAUCAACAAUAUAUUGGCAGCGUUUAAAGCUGUCAAUAAUAGUGCAAAACGAACACCACGCAAACAAACAGCACAAAUGCAGCGCAAAACAUCGCAACGAAGACGAUGGAUGAUGCCCGAGCUCAAAUCAAUAAAAACAACAAUAAGGGCUGUGCACAAAUAGCAAUUGAACAUAUUAAAACCAGUGAAAACCAAUAACAAAUAACGCACAAACAUUUAAGCAACUAAGCAAAUAGAACUCGUAGUUUAAAACUGUACAAUUAACAAUAGUUUACUUUGUGACAAAAAAAAAAGAGCAUCCCAUCACAAAAAGAAAAUCAAUUUCUUUAACAACAGCCAUCAAGCAACCCAAUCUUCACCAUGUUCAAUUUCCAUAAACCACGCGUCUAUCGCUCAACGGACGGCUGCUGCAUUUGCCGUGCCAAAUCGAGCAGCUCCCGCUUUACGGCAUCGCGCAAAUACGAAAAGGAAUCGAUGCAAUGCUUUAAUCUGCAUGAACCUCGUAACGGUGAAAUCUGCAAUGCAUGCGUCCUGCUGGUCAAACGCUAUAAGAGGCUGCCUGUUGGCAGCAAGCGCCAUUGGGGACAUGUGGUCGAUGCUCGCGCCGGUCCCGGCACUAAAUCUCUCGCCAAGCAAAAGAAACGAGAGAACGAAUGUGAGGCUAAGUCAGGUGGCAGUGGCUCUUUUAUACCCGAGAAAUUCGCCAAGAUAUUCAAAAAGAAUCGCAAGGGUAAAAUAACAGCAGCAGUAGCGCCAUCUGCAGCCAGUCAACAGCAGCGCAAUGGCAACAGCCAUGAAAGUUCACCCCAUUCCGAGGAACAGCCGAGCGAUUCCAAUGAAAGCUAUGACGAACAUGAGCAGCAUCUCCAACAACAACAACAGCUGAUCGUCUGCACAGCCGCAACUCCAUAUCAGACGCGUAAACGCACCGCUGCAGCAGCGCAGCUGGCUACAGCUUCGGUCCUGAAAAAGAGUGUUGCACAACGUCUGCGGCUAACAGGCAGUAAGCGCCGGCGUAUGCUGGAACCAAAAAAAAAUCGACGCGCCGUCGAUAAUGUGCCGUUCUUCGAGGAGCACGACCUGCUUCGGCUAGACGUAUGCUGCGGCACCGUCUUUCAGAGUCUCAGUCUGGGCGGCGCCUGUUACAUAAUCGAUCCGGAGCUGUACAAGCCCUGCGAGAAACAUCGCAGACGCAGGCAACAACAGGAUCAAAGGGAACUAGAACAAGUUUCGAUGGUGCAGGCGGAACUGGAGUCAAAGCCAGUGAGUCAGAGCAUCAGCACUCCGGCAUUAAAAAAGCAUCAUUUGUAUUUUAAGCGGCAAUCGGAAUCAUUUCCACAGGGCGAAAUACAUAGAAUAAGUCCAAUUCCAUUGAAUAAGACUGAGCCAGCAACAAUAACUGUACAACAACAGCAACAUUCCACAGCCAAUGUUACGUCAUCAGCAUUGCACUCGAACAUCUUAACUACCGCUGUGGGUGCUGCCUCGCCCUCAUCGUUGUCUUCCUCAUCCAAUUGCUCUACUUCCUCCUCGGUGGCCACCAAAUUCAAUGACAACUCCUCGGACUCAGGCUUCGAUGAACAUGUGCUCGACCGCAAAUCUGUGAGUCCGCCAACGCAGGAUGAACAGCAGCUGGAGAAAAAGCCACGCAGCACCAGCAGCAGCGUGCAACGCUUAAUACUGGCCAGUGGUCUGCCUAUUAGCGGACAGACACAAAACCUGGUGCUGACGGGCAACGAGUUUACCGCUCGCUUCGUUCAACGGCAGCAGGCGCACAAAAUAAAUGUGCUGACGGCAGCAGCAGUAGCAGCACCAGCAGCAGGAGCAGGAGCAGCACCAGCAACAACAACAACAGGAUCUCAAAGUAAUGGCAAUAAAAUGCGUGCAAUAUAUAACAAUGCAAACACAAUUCAGCAUGAAAAUGGAGUGACCACAAUUUUGCCAGCUUCCUCGCUGGCGGCCACAAACCAAACGGCAGCCAUGAAUGCUAUAGCGCCCAGCACGGUAACCAUAACGCCAGCCAAGAAACCAAAUGCAACAGCUGCAGUAGCCUUAGCAGCCGCGGCCAAUCCCAAGUUUAUACUGCUAAAGCCAGCGAUUGGCAAAUUUGGCGGCAGUAACAGUCAGGCGAAUCCGCCGGCAGCUGAGAUCAAAAUAGCUUAAAGAAGAGCGAGCACUCGUUGGGGCAAGCCGCACGCUAAAUGCCCUUGCAGAGAGAGCUAUUGCUACAAUUUAAAACAAUUUGAUGCAUUCGAAGACAAAAUAAGUUUCUGAGAGACUAAAAUGCAUAGAAAUUGAUAGAAUUAGACAUACAGUUGCCACUAGUUAUAAAGUGCCGCUGCAAGGGCAUCAAAAAGGCUGCCAUUAUGUUAAAUGUAUACACAAAAAGAAAUGAAAUGAAAAGCAAAAACCAAUUACAUAGCCAUGUUAACUGGCUGUUAAAAACAAACCUUGUUGAUUUACAUGCAUAUUGUAGCGAGUAUUUACUGUAAGUGGUAAGAAAAAGAAACUGGCGCAAACCGUUGUAUAUACAUUAUAUAUACAUAUUUAGAUAUAGGACACAAUCAAUUCGUUUCAUACAACAUACAUUUUACUUUAGCAUUUAAUCAAUUUUUUUUUAUCUUAAAUAUUUUGAACAAUUACGUUGUAAGCCCUCUUACUCAAUACCAGCAGCUGUUGCUUACACUUACACAUAUUUAAAAAACAAAACAAUUACCUUAAUAUUUACACUUACAUUUAACUUUUACGUUUACAUAGCAUUUACAUUUAGUUUAUGUACAUGUAUACAUUUUGCUAGUUUUACAUGCACUUGGUUGUGCUCUCUUCAUUAAGUUUAACAGGCUUUUGCCUAGCAUAGCCAUCUCGCUCGCUAGCUCUGCUCAAUUUAACAGCGUGCUGUUAGGCGAGCAGCCGCUAUGUUAAGUCCGCGUCUGCUGUUCAAAGUUUAUAUUAAGAAAUCAAGCCCGCUCUUAAGUACUUUGAAGUACAAUCAACUUAUUAAGCAAUAUAAAUAAAUAUAAAAAAUAAAAUUAAUUUAAGAAACACAUGCCACAUGCCCAAACGCAUGCCACAAAUUGUAGCCUUAGUAAAUGCGCCUAGAAAACAAAAACAAAAGAAAAAAAAAACAUUUUAUUGCAACGUUUUGUGUGUUGAGAUCCUCUGUGACAAAAGGAAAAGAAAGGAAAAGCAAUGUUUUUUUAAGAUAAAAUUAAAAUUAAAUAAACAU